AUGUCGACCCAUCCGGAAAGCACAGCCCACACGGGGGAGACGAAGUUCGAGAUCCCAAAGACCUGCAAAGCCGGCGUUGUCGUCAAUGAAGGACCGAAUUUCCACGUCGAGAUCCAGGACGUGCCAGUUCCCGAGCCAGGCCCCGACGAAGUCCUCCUCCGCCUCAACGCAACCGGCCUCUGCAUGUCCGACAUCCACUUCAUGGCCAACGACUGGGCCGUGCCCCCCAUGUCAACCUUCAACACGCGGUGCGCGGGCCACGAAGGCGCCGGCGUCGUCGUCGCCGUCGGCUCGAACGUCAAGAACUGGAAAGUCGGCGACCGCGGCGGCGUCAAGCCGCUGUGGGACGUGUGCGGCAGCUGCGAGCAGUGCUGGACGGGCAAGGAAAACUACUGCCAGCGCGGCGUCUACACCGGCCUCGUCGCCAACGGCACCUACCAGCAGUACAUCACCAGCCCCGCGAAGUACACGAGUCCGAUCCCGGAUGGCGUGGCUGAUGAGGUCGCGGCGCCGGUCAUGUGCUCCGCGUCGACGAUGCAUCGGGCGUUGGUCGAUUCGGCGCUGCGGCCGCGCGAUUGGGUUGUUUUUCCGGGGGGUGGUGGGGGUGUGGGCAUUCAGGGCGUGCAGUUGGCGAAGGCGAUGGGGUUUAGGCCCGUGGUCGUGGAUACGGGGGCGGCGAAGAGGGAGCUGUCGGUGAAGAUGGGGGCGGAGCAGUUUAUCGAUUUUAAGGAGGUGGAGAGCGUGGCGGAGGAGAUCAAGAAGGUGUGCGAUGGCCUCGGCGCGCACGGCGUCAUCGUUACGGCGCCGCAGGCGUACAAGGAUGCCAUCAGCUAUAUUGGCGAUAGGAUCAGCGGGAAGAUUGUUUGUGUGGGUUUGCCUCCGGCCGGCGCGACAACCAUUGGUGCGGACCCGAACACCAUCGUCUUCAAGAACUUGACCAUCAUCGGCAGCUUGGUUGGAACUAUGUCGGAUACGGCGGCGGCUCUGGAGUAUGCAAAGCGCGGAUUGCUGAAGCCGAUUUGCGAAGUACGUGGGUUGAGCAAGAUGCCUGAAUCGGUGCAGCAGCUGCGGAGGGGAGAGGUUGCUGGCCGUGUGGUGAUUGAUUUCAACCAGCCGUGA